AUGGACAGCGGCGAUCGCAUGUUCUGCCAUGCCUGUGGCGGGGUUUGGCUUAAGGAUGGGGGUUUGACGUGCCCGCAUUGUGAAUCUGAGUUCACAGAAAUAAUUGAAAUUCCCCCAGAAGAGCCUUCGGAAGGUUCCCCUUCACAUCGUGCCGAUUCCUCGUCGCCUCCACGCGUCAACCCGUGGAUAGACCACAACCCAUGGGAACGAGACACACAAGAAGGGCAAGGCCCUGGACUUCUUGGAGGGGACAUUCCCCCAUACUCCUCCUUGCGCACAUAUAGAUCGCCCGACGGACGUUUCUCAUUCAGCAGCGCGACGCUUGAUACCGGAAUGCCUUCCGGUCAGCGCAACAACGGCCCGAACCCUGUGGUUCCAAUGAUGAUGCAGAGCUUUGACACAAUAUUACAAAGCUUAAUGGAGCCCAAUCCUCGUGGAUACAGGGGAUUUGGAGAGGAUCCCUUCCACGCUCAAUCCUCUACCUCUCCCGACUGGCUCGAGGACGACCACCUCACGGGCCACCACCCAGGCCUAUCUCCCCGCAAUGCAGAUGCGCCACAACCUAACAACCGCAAUCCGACAGAUCUAGCUGAAAUCAUGGACGCCAUUCGCGCCGACAUUGGGUUACAAACUACCCGACGCGCACGUGGAGCUCGUGGCCCAGCAAGCCCACAUGCUCUUUCGAUAUUGUCAGCCAUUCUCAACAUGAGUCGAAGUGAGGAUGCGGUAUAUUCGCAGGAGGAGCUCGACCGGGUCAUCACACAACUGAUUGAGAAUACUGGAGGGACCGGCACUGCGGCACCGCCAGCAUCUGAUGCUGCUGUCCAAGCUUUGCCGAGGAAAAAGGUCAAUGAAGAGAUGAUGGGAUCUGAAGGGAAAGCAGUGUGUUCGAUUUGCAUGGAUAACGUCGAACUCGGCUUGGAAGUCACUGUGUUACCAUGCACGCACUGGUUUCAUUUCAACUGCAUCCAUGCAUGGCUGACCCAACACGACACUUGUCCGCAUUGCCGGCGCAGCAUCAAUUCAAACAUAGCGGGCGGAGAAGGCACCUGUGAGAAUCCGGUAGUGAUUCAGGAUAGUCCCGAGCAGCCUAGAUCCCACCGGCGUCACAGCUCUGCUCGCACUGUGCGCAGCGGUCGAUCCUCAUUAUCUUCGUUGCCGAGUCGAAUUUCCCCACGAAUUUCACCCCGUCGGUCCCCUACUCCAGAUGGGGGGCAAUCCAGCAACCGACGGUCUAGCCGGGGUGAGGGUAGCAGUGGAGGGGGAUUUACCAGUUGGUUUACGAACCGAUUUGGAAGCAGUACAUGA